AUGGAGUUUUCUAAUGCCCAUAUUGUCCACGAGCCUGAACCGGAACCGGAGCCUGAGCCUGAUCCAGAUCCUGAGCCGGAACCUGAACCUGAGCCUGAACCUGAACCAGAGCCUUGUCAUGAACCAGAGCCUGAACCAGAGCCUGAACCAGAGCCUGAGCCUGAGCCCGAGCCUGAACCAGAGCCUGAACCAGAGCCUGAACCUGAACCUGAACCUGAACCUGAACCCGAGCCUGAAACCGAUCCGGAACACGAACCGGAACACGAACCAGUGCCUGAACCAGAGCUCAAUCCCGAGCCUACGAUAACGACGACAACUUCAGCGUCCAUCACCGACGAUUGCAAUAUAUACUACAGAAAUUACCAAUGGGCUCUCCAAGACUGUGUCUGCCGUUGUUUCCAAAACGAAUAUCUUAUGCAUAAUGAAAACGAUCAACGAAUAAAGGACGGUCAAACCCCAUUUGUGCCUGUAUCGGAGGAGCUUUGCCGUAGUUUCAUCAAAACAAAGUGUAGAGUGGGAUUCCCCGUGGUUGCCGAAUUUCCCAUACCAGCUCCUUGUGGCUGCAAUCGAAAGCCAGGAUCAAUCGCCACAGAGCGAUUUUUCAGUCUUUGCCAUCUGUUAAAAUUUUCUUCUGAAAACAAAAAACCCUUCUUAUCUUACUCUUAUUGUUGGCCUAUCUAA